AUGGCUGGAGUAGGGUCCUUAUCUCAAUCUACAAUUUGUCGAUUCGAAUCGCUGACACUUUCCCAUAAUAAUAUGGUAGCCCUUAAACCGAUAUUGCAAAGCUGGUUGGAACGGGCAGAGGAAGCAACUAAACAACAAGCUGUGGCGACUGCGGCUGUGGAAGCUGGUGGUGUUGGGGGAGCGGGGGGAGAUGCCUUAACCCUUCAAUGCAUCGCUGCCGCUACCGCAGCUUCCGCCGGUAUAUUGCCCUGUUCAGAGAAGAAACGUAAAAGAACAUCCAUUGCUGCACCAGAAAAGACAGAAUUAGAAGAACAAUUUAAAUUACAAAGUCGUCCUACGGGUGAUCGUAUAGCUGCUAUAGCAGAAAAACUUGAUCUCAAAAAGAAUGUUGUUCGUGUCUGGUUUUGUAAUCAAAGGCAGAAACACAAAAGGUAA